AUGUCUUCACACGACAAGACUCCCGUCGCGUCGACGUCGACAUCAGCCAGCCCGUCCCAGACGCCAGAUUCCACCUCGACGCACUCACCCUCUGUCUCGGCCUCGUCCAGCACCAAUCCCUCCAGAUCAACCACCCCCAAACCCGUCCGGGAAUCGUCCACCUCCACGGCAUCACAACCACCACCACAACUACCACCACCACAGACCAAGAAACCCCUUCCACGACGAGCUCCCUCCGCGACCAACUCCCCAAUCCCUUCUCGAGAACCGUCACCGGUCCGGCCGACUGCCAAACCGGUCGUCUCGGCUCGUACCUCGGGCCCAGGUCGGUCGAGAAAGAAUAGUUCACACGACGUCAGUCCGUCACGCUCCUCCAGCAUUUCGAGCAACCCUCCUUCUGCCGCGGCCACGCAACGGGCUCUCUCUGCGACAUCCAUACCAACCCUCUAUCCAAGCGUGUCAGAUCCCACCAUACGAGCUCCAAUCCCCCAGAAAUCUGCUGCCACCCCCGAAUUCAAAGACACUCCUCGCUGGCCGAUAUCUCCCAGACUCCGGUCACCUCCACCCAUAACCAAGUCCAUGAUACACUCCCCGCGCAAGAACGACGACGUGCCCGCAAUCAAUGUCCUACGAACACCCCAAGCGAUCGAGCAGUCCGAAGGGAGGCAACCGACGAAUGACGGCGAGACAGAAGAAUCUUUGUUAGUGCCGGGCAUGCGAACGCCAGCGAGAGGGGCCAGCGGAGCGAGUUCGACGCUGGAAACGGUGCAGGAGAUCAUUCCCAUCAAAGAAGGAGACGAAGACUCGGAGAAGAGUGGCACGGAGAGUAGAAAGACGUCAAUGGACCAGGGAAAGCCCAAAACAAGUGCGGUCUCCAAUGAGAGUGGCAGUGAUAGUGCCGGUAAAGGGGAGAUCAAGAUGAGAACCACCUCAGCAACACCAGUAACAGGGCUACGGCCGAGCGCUCCCGCGGUAAAACCCUUUGGCGCAGGGAGAGGAAAGGCAUCAGAAGGCUCCGGUCGGAACAUGACGGUGGAAACAGAAGUCGUCAGUUCCAUCCCGCAGGUCGCGGUAGGUACGAGAGAUACGAUGAGUCUGGGAGGAAACGGCAGCAUACGCAACAAGCCCAGCUCCGAAACGAUUCGACCAAAGAAAGAAAAGAAGAAGACAACGCGGAAGACCCCGUCGGUGGCUUCUGGAACGGGUGAGCAACCAAAUUCAUCAAGGCCCCGCCUUCAUCAUCAAUCCUCUAUCCGAGACUUGAAGUAUCCUGUGGGUGCUGCUAGGUCUCUCGAGUGGCCCAAUGGCCAAGCCUCGUAUCCCCCCUCAGACAGCAGUGGUGCAAUUAGUCCUACGAGACAAUCAGCACCGUCACCGCGCAGGCCAAGUCUAAGUAUUCACAAUAUGAGCAAUAUGCUAACUAGAAGCCGCCCAGCCUCUUCCAAAGCAGAUAUCUUCGAGGCGAAAGUCGCAAGCGCGGUCGAUGAGGCAGACUCCUCCGAUUCCGAGGAGACAUUUGUCUAUGAGUCCAACCCACCCGAGCCUGUCGACCGACAUAAACGGUAUCAUUCGCGGACGCCCAGCGCAACCUCCAUGGCCAGCCAGAUCGAUCAGAGGAACGGUCCAAGAUCAGCCAUGGAGGGCGGUCACAGUGUGGCUAUGAAGAAAAGUAUGAAGUUUGCCAAUUCCUUUACGAGCAGUGGCGGUCCGGAAUCCACUACUGGCGACGACGAUGGUAAAGGUACCGCGCGAAGUAGUGUCGGGACGGGUCGAGGGACGAACCAUCACCACCAUCCACAUAUCGGUCGCUGGGGACGCAACGGCGGCAAUGGUCACGCUUCUCUGUUUGAUAACGAAUCUCCUUUUCCUAAUGCAACGAAACCCAAAUUUUCAGGUACAGGUCCUAGACACUCCUCACAACCUACGAGUCCAAGGUUGUCGAAUUCAAGAGUUGGGGCGCUCGGCAAAAAGUCUGGUCCAUUAUCAUCAAGCUACGAUCUUGAUGACGGCGCGGAUGACGAGCGCACUCCUUUAAUGUCAAGUGUACGAUCAGGACGAUCCAUACGGGGUCGGCGACAGAACGCAGCCUCGAUUCGGCAAUUAGAGCAUCAAGCCUCACGACAUCACCGGCCUUUCCUUUCACAGUUUGCUGGUUGGCUAGUAUUAUGCAUCAUGAUCUUGCUGGUCAUAGCCGGCGCAUUGGCGUUUACAUUUGCGACGACUCAACCUCUGGCCGACGUCAAGGUAUUAGCGCUAAAGAAUGUUCUUGCUAGCGAACAGGACAUCAUUUUCGAUAUGAAAGUGCAAGCUCGAAAUCCAAAUAUUGUGGCCGUGUCCGUCGACAUGGCUGACAUUGUUAUUUUUGCAAAGUCAAAGUACGCUGGCACCGAUUCCGAAUGGUGGAGUCGACCAAACAUGCCUCUAAGUAUCAUGCGACGAGCCAUUGCGCGACGACAGGAUCACGAUCCUCCACGGGGUGACGAUCCUAAUACGAACCCAAAUCUGGAAAUUGGACAUGUUUACGAGUUAGACAGUCCUUUGAGCUUCGAAGGGUCUCCCUUUCAUCACACUCGCUCGGAUUCCACUGGUCAAAUUCGAGUCGAUCACCCAGGAAAUCAUACUGUACCAUCAGGAAGCGAACGUUGGGGGCGGGUACUGCAACACGAGUUCGAUCUAAUCGUUCGGGGCACGCUCAAAUACUCUCUACCCUUGAGCCAGAAAACCAGAAGCAUCUCGGUCGAGGGCCGAGUCACGGUCAAACCAAACGCCGCAGACCAGGAUCCUGACGCUGUCCAUAUAAUGCCGGCUCGGUCUGUCGGUAAAUAA